UUUGUGCAGGUGGAGCCCGACGGCUCGGAUGCCUGGCGCCUGGAGCCGGUGAUAGAGGCGCUGAAGGAGGGUGCUGUGGGCAUCAUACCAACAGGCACGUGCAACCUGGCGUUUGUGUGCGACCUGGGCAACCGCAGCGCUGUGGAGAAGCUGCUGGAGAUCAAGGGGGCGCGCGGCAGCCAGCGCAUGUCCAUCCUGUGCCGCAGCCUGCAGGAUGUGGACGCGUAUACGCAGGGCUGGCCGCCCAGCCGCGCCCCCGGCCAGCCCGACAUGUUCAAGCUGGUCAAGCGCGUGCUGCCGGGGCCGUACACCUUCAUCCUGCUAGCCGGCAAGGAGUUGCCGAAGGCGCUGACCAAUGUUGACAAGGGGAAGAGCAAGAAGCGGCGCGAGGUGGGGGUGCGCCUGCCGGACGACGCAGUGGCCCAGGCCAUCCUGCAGCAGCUGGACCGCCCCCUGCUGUGCAGCACGGCGGCUACGGGGCCCGGGGAUGGGGCGAUCAUGGGCCAGGAUGCGGCGGUGCUCAUGGAUAGGUAUGGCAGGGCGGGGCUCGACUUUGUGGUGGAUGCCGGCCCCCGCCUGGCAGAGGGCAGUACCGUCAUCGACUGUACCGGCGCGGAGCCCGUGGUGCUGCGGCAGGGCAAGGGC